GGACAUUUGUAGCCGUCGCGCCGCGGCUGGAGCUCCGGUUGUUGAUGCUCGGUCUGUCCGGGGCUGCUCACCUCCGUUAGUUGGAAACGAUCCGACAUUUUUCUACGGAAAGUUUUUCUUUUUUUUUUUUUUUUUUACUUCCCUCGGAUGGAAGAAGUUGUGAAACAAAGCGUCCUCUACGGGGCGGGUUUCUUUGCUCUGUGGUGAUGGAGGACGUCCGACCUUGAGGGGCGGCAUGUCGUGGGGUGAGUUCAUCGAGCUUCGUGACCUGAAGUCGAGCAGAGAGCAGACAGAACUAAUAGACUCCCGUUCACCAUGCUCGCCUACACGGCUGGAGAGGACCAACGCCCUGAGGAUCAGCCCAGGAAAGGUCCCGGACCUGUUAAGCCGGGUGGGCAUCAUCCGAGUCCUGAGCAGCACCCAGGACCCCGAGCUUCCAGAGGAGAAGGGAGAAGGACACAACUUCCAGCCCUGCAGCCACGCUCAGCCCACGUGGUGUGACCUGUGUGGAGAUUUCAUCUGGGGCCUGUACAAGCAGAGCCUGCGGUGUGUCAACUGCAGAUUCACAUGCCACUACCGCUGCCGUGCCUUGAUUCAGCUGGACUGCAUUUGGGAGCGCUUCUCUGCGACGGACUAUGCAGCUGUUGUCGAGCACACCAUAGAGACAGACACAAAUGUGGAUGAGCAGACGGAAUCUGGAAAGCAGGAACUGACGGCCGUAGAGGUUGUGCAUAAGGUGAAGGAGUACAACGCUCAGGUCAACAGUAAUCUAUUUAUGAAUGUGAACAAAGAUGGGUCCUACACUGGCUUUGUGAAGGUGCAGUUCAAGUUGGCACGACCCGUGUCCGUUCCGGCUCCAAAGAAAGGAGGUCAAGAUGUGGGAGGCAGGCGGUCCGGUGGGGUGAAGCGCCGCACCUCAUUCUACCUCCCCAAGGACGCAUCCAAGCAUUUGCACAUAAGUUCGCGUACUACCUCUCGUGAGGUCAUUGAGGCUUUGUUGAAGAAGUUCACUGUGGUGGACAAUCCCGGCAAGUUUGCACUGUUUGAGCGUAGCGAGCGUCACGAACAAGUUUACAUCCGUAAGCUCUCGGAUGACGAGCGUCCCCUCCGCCUGCGUCUCUGUGCUGGACCCAAUGAGAAAGUUCUCAGUUUUGUGUUAAAAGAAAACGAAACUGGUGAAGUCAACUGGCAUGCCUUCUCUAUGCCGGAGCUGAAGAACUUCCUGCUCAUUUUGCAGCGUGAAGAAGAGGAACACGUCAAGCAGAUUGUGCAGCGGUACACUUUGGCUCGCGCUAAGAUGCUGGAGGCUCUAUCUGGCUCUACGCCUGGCUGAAACCCUCCACGCACUCGGGAUUCAACAAAUAGCAUCCUGGCCGUAUUACCGGCCAAGGCUGCAUGUAAAGAUCCUGGAAAAUGCAACCAAAACAAGGAAACACCUCUUGGAUGAACGAGAGAGUGAGAUUGGGCGCAAGACUGAGAGAAAGAGCUAGCGCGUAUGUGCGUGUGAAAUUAUGCGAGAGAUGAGAAGUGCCUUACACCUGGAGAGUCUGAUGUGCCUGAGAGAGUGAGUGGAGAGGAAUGGAGGCUGGCAGAUGAGACUGGUCGUCACGCCGGUACCUAAUGGAUACCAUCUGAUUAUCCUGUUCCUCAGCUGUUUUACUUUCACUUAAAUCGAUUUUAACUGGAAGGUUUAUGAAUUUGAAUCCGUGACACCAAUAUAACAGAGCAGGUAUUUAAAAACAAAUUUGAUGUUUAAAAGAAAACUACUUUCUGUUGAGAAUGAUUUAAGUGUCUGAUUUGAAGCUGAUGGGUAUUUGGAUAUUCACAUGACCCAGGAUCAGUCUGCCAUGUCCAACACCCCCGAUGGGUGCAACUCUUUACACUUAUUUACUUUGAGUAUGACUGAUGAAUGAACGUUUGUGCACACCAAUGACUGUUGAGAGCUGUGCCAUAAGCCACUGUGGUUGACUGAAGUCUUGAAUGAAUAUAGCCAUACUUGUGUUUUAACUGGAAGCUGCUCAUCAUUCCUUAUAUCUUUGUUUUUCUUGGCCAACUAAAUGUUUGUCUUCGUUUGUCCUUUUAAACUUCACUUUUCCUGCCUCACAUUUAAGUGUUGCAGUCUUAAGAAUGUUGUGGCAAAUGUGCACUGUUUAAUAAAAUAGUUCACAAGG